AUGAUUCUCAUCCCCCUGACAUCUGUGGCACUCUGGUAUCUCACCAGCAGUGUUGUAGCGUGGUGGAAGCUGCGCAAUUUCCACCCAGUAUCCUGGUUUGCCAACUUCUCAUACCUAUGGCUCGCCAAGACUACAUACAGCGGGCGGAUGUACUGGGUGCAUCGCGAGCUGAACAAGGAGCGCAAGCUGGUGCGUGUCGGCCCCAAUGAGCUCAUCACAGGCGAUCCGGAAAUCAUCCGCAAGAUCAACAAGGAGCGCAGCGGGUAUCACCGAGGCACCUGGUACACGGGCGGUCGACUUAAUCCAUAUUAUGACAACAUGUUCUCUCAGCAAGAGCCUACCGCCCACACCAAAUACAAGUCUCGUGUCGUCCACGGCUACACGGGCCGUGAGAUACUGGAUAUGGAGAUUGGCAUCGAUGAGCAGGUUGGUAUGUUGCUCAGCGUCAUGAGGGACAGGUACGCCCAUCGGAAUCGGCACCUGGACCUCACCGAGCUUACGACAUUCUUCACCAUGGACGUCAUCACACGCCUCGCAUUCGGAGAGGCCUUUGGGUACUUGGCUCAGGAGACCGACUUGUAUGGCUUCUUAGGAAGCCUCCGAGUUCUAUGGCCUGGCACGUCCGCGGCGGCUGACGUUUCCUGGGCACGUAAGAUACUCUUCUCCAAGCCAUUCCUUCAUUUAUUCGGUCCCAGUCCACGGGACAAGAAGGGCUUCGGAGCGCUCAUGGGCGUCGCGGAGCACCAUGUUGGUAAGCGCUUCCAGCCGGACUCGGAGCAGGUAAUGGACAUGCUAGGGUCCUUCAUGCACCAUGGAUUGAACCAACAAGAGUGUGAGGUUGAGGGCCUCUUCAUGAUCAUCGCCGGCGGUGAAAGCACUGCGUCGGCAAUACGUUCCAUCCUGGUUCAUACUAUGACCACGCCUCAGGUCUAUCUAAAGCUGAAGGCGGAGAUCAAUGCGGCCGUUGAAGAAGGAAAAGUCAGCAGACCCAUUCAGAUGGACCAGGCCCUGAAGCUGCCUUACUUACAGGCCGUUGUCUAUGAGGGGCUCCGCAUGAGACCUCCAGUCCUAGGGCUCCUACCCAAAGUCGUCCCACCUGGCGGCGACACGCUGGGAGGGCAGUGGGUACCAGGCGGAACCAACAUCUGUUCCAAUACCGGCGCGGUCCUCCGAUCGCGAUCUAUGUUUGGGCCCGACGCUGAGGUUUUCCGGCCCGAGCGGUUCAUCGAGCUGGAUGGAGAGCCCAUCCGCCGCGAGAUGGAAAGGAAUGUCGAGUUAGCCUUCGGCUCAGGCCAGUGGCAGUGCGUCGGGAGGAGAAUCGCAUUCAUGAAGUUGAGCAAGACAGUCUUUGAGGUAUUCCGUAAUUUCGAUCUCCAACUGCUCAAUCCAACCAAGCCGUGCGAUGUUGAGAGCUAUGCUGUUUUCCUGGAAUCCGGAAUGUUUGUCAAGGUCACGGAGAGCAAGUCCGACUUGUCCCUAGCUUGA